AUGAGAACUCAUUCAUAAAAUGAAAAUGGAACUUUAUAAUAAUAAUUGGGUCGUUUGAGGAUUCCAAAAGUACUCUUCUUGCCAGGUGAACCUAUGGCCAAAUAACGAAUUGCUUCUCUUCCUUCAAGUCCUGUUAAAGGAAUUACAAAUUAAAUUGAUAUUUAAGAGAAGUUAAAGAUAUUAUAGGCUGAGAGAGAAGCUAAAUAGAAGUUGUAAGAAUAAGAAAUGUUUGAAAGAGAUAAAAGAUGUACAUUUAAUAGAUAAGCUCACAUUAUAAACAAGUUGCAUAAUGUCGAAUAGUAGUUAGAAAAAUGGAAGAAAACAAGACAUAAUAUUCAAUUGUAAGUUGUUAGAGUAGCAAAAGUGUUAACAAGACCAGGAUGAGUUAGGUGAUCGAAUCUUAAUAAAAAACUGCACUUGAAUUUCACCGAUCUAUUUAACAAAGGAAUAAGAGUUACUCUGAGUUCGAAUAAAAAAAUGUUGGAAUCUAAAUUAAUGAAGUAUUUUUAAAAAGAAAGGAUAGAAUGAGAGAACGAUCAUAAAUGGUUAAUUAAACUAGAUAUAAAAAUUAUGUCGAUUAAGUAUCCUCUUCUUUAUAUUCAAGAUUGAUAAAAGUGUACGAAUCAUGUAGAAAAAAUAUAAAACUUAAAAGAAAUGUUUUACACUUCGAAAGCCCUUUUAUAAUAUUAAUGAACUUAAAAAUUAUUCUCACUUCUUAUUAUUUUGA